CCGGGGCCCUCCUCCCUGGUGGAGCGAGCGGGCCGUACUGUAGCAGGCCGACCGUGCUCCGCCCGGGUGAAAGGGCGGCGGCGGCGCUGGGCGGGGCGGAGUUCCACCGCCUGCUGCGGGGCUGUGGUGGGUCCUGAGAGCCGCUCAGGUGGGGCGGGGCCGGCCGAGUGGAGUCCGCGCGCACCCGCGCUGAGCUGCCCGCUCCGGCGGCUGCGCUGCUCGCCUCCCGGGACUUCGCGCCGGGGUCUCCAAGCAUGACCGAGCUGAGGCAGAGGGCGGUCCGCGAGCCAGACGCGCCGCCCGAGGACAAGGAAUCGGAGUCAGAAGCAAAGGUAGAUGGAGAGACUGCAUCGGACAGUGAGAGCCGAGCGGAAACUGCUCCUCUAUCAGCCUCCGCAGAUGAUACUCCAGAGGUCCUCAACAGGGCCCUUUCCAACUUGUCUUCAAGAUGGAAGAACUGGUGGGUGAGAGGCAUCCUGACUUUGGCUAUGAUUGCAUUUUUCUUCAUCAUCAUUUACCUGGGACCAAUGGUUUUAAUGAUCAUUGUGAUGUGUGUUCAGAUUAAGUGUUUCCAUGAGAUUAUCACUAUUGGCUACAACGUCUACCACUCCUAUGACCUGCCCUGGUUCAGAACCCUCAGCUGGUACUUUCUACUGUGUGUAAAUUACUUCUUCUAUGGUGAGACAGUGACGGAUUACUUCUUCACUCUGGUUCAGAGAGAGGAGCCUUUGCGGAUUCUCAGUAAAUACCACCGGUUCAUUUCCUUCACUCUCUAUCUAAUAGGAUUCUGCAUGUUUGUACUGAGUCUGGUCAAGAAGCAUUAUCGACUGCAGUUCUAUAUGUUUGGCUGGACCCAUGUAACAUUACUGAUUGUUGUAACUCAGUCACAUCUCGUCAUCCACAACCUGUUCGAGGGAAUGAUCUGUUCAAAUUUGUAUUACCACGUGCAUAUGUUACUUUAUAACAACAACAACAAAAAGGCAUUUCAUAGAACACCACCUCCGUUUAUUGAGGAGCCAUUCAGUAAACAUUUGAAUGUCUGCUGUGUGCCAGGUACUAGGUUCAUUGUCCCCAUCUCUUGUGUGAUCUGUAAUGACAUUAUGGCCUAUAUGUUUGGUUUCUUCUUUGGUCGGACCCCACUCAUUAAGCUGUCCCCGAAGAAGACUUGGGAAGGCUUCAUUGGGGGCUUCUUUGCUACUGUGGUGUUCGGCCUUCUGCUGUCCUAUGUGAUGUCCGGGUACAGAUGCUUUGUCUGCCCCGUGGAGUACAACAAUGACACCAACAGCUUCACUGUGGACUGUGAGCCCUCGGACCUCUUUCGUCUGCAGGAGUACAAUAUUCCUGAGGUGAUCCAGUCAGUCAUUGGCGUGACAACAGUCUGGAUGUACCCCUUCCAGAUUCACAGCAUCGCCCUCUCCACGUUUGCCUCACUCAUCGGCCCCUUUGGAGGGUUCUUUGCGAGUGGAUUCAAACGAGCCUUUAAAAUCAAAGACUUUGCCAACACCAUUCCUGGCCACGGAGGCAUCAUGGAUCGCUUUGACUGUCAGUACCUGAUGGCCACGUUUGUCAACGUGUACAUUGCCAGUUUUAUCAGGGGCCCCAACCCAAGCAAGCUGAUUCAGCAGUUCCUGACCUUGCGUCCUGAUCAACAGCUGCACAUCUUCAACACACUCAGAUCUCACCUGGCAGACAAGGGGAUGCUGACCGCCGCGGAGGAUGAGUAGGGGCCCCGGGGCCGCGACAGCAGGAACAAGAGGAGCGAGGGGCUGGGCUCCAAGGCAAAGCCCCACGGGUGUGACUCAGUCAAUGAUAAGGCUUCAACUCACUGUCUUUUUUUUCUUUUUUUUUUGGUAGAGUGUUUUUUAUUUGUGGGUUUUCAAAACAAUCUGUAUAUACAGUUUUCGUACUUAUGAUUUGGGUUGUGGGCAAACUACAGCUUUGAGUUGGAAAGAAGUCAUGAGGGUCAGACCAUUUGGGUUUUUUAAACAAAAGUUUUAACCUGGAAGACAGUAUUGCCUAGCGGGGUGCGUCUGCUUGGUGCUGCUUACUCCCAAGCCAGAGCUUCUGUUGCUGGGCUCGAUCAGAGAGUGGAUGUUCGUCCGUGGCUGAUCACUUCAGGGGCCCCCCGGCCUGUCUCUGUGGCUGCCCCCAGCGGGGAAGAGGUGCACAGCUUGGAUGUCUUUGCUACUGGAGAGCUUUCACCUGGGCUUCUCGGGGAAUCCCUGCCCUGGAGCGAUGGGACAGUUGCCUUCCGUAGGCUGGAGCGACAAAGGCUGAUUGAUUAGAUAAGCAUUCUACCCACAGAGUCCUGUGGGGCGUGAGCUCUGCUUUGUAAUAUGGGUUCACCUUACUUCAUCACAGACUGAAAGAAGGCUUCGAUAUUUUUUUUCAGGAAGCACGAGUAAUUAUUUAUAAUAGUCGGAAACAAUACACUGUAAUAUUUCAAGUGUAUGCAGUAGAAUGUACUGUCACGAGCCCUUUCCCACAGGUUGUCGGCCCAAGUGGCUCCUCUCGGGCAGUCCAGCUAACUGUGUCUUUUCAGGGACGAUACCGUUCAUGUUUGUGCUGUAGACUUGUUGCUGCUGAAUCCUUCCUGGGGGCUCUCCUGUUGGGCAGGGAGCAGGGGGCUCCCUGUUCACACACCCUUUCCCUGACCGACCACCCUUGUCGCUGCUGUGUUGUGUAUAUACUACUUGUAAGGCAAGUGUGUAUCUGUGUGUGUGUUUUAAAAAUCACUUACUUCUUAUAGUGAUUUCAAUUGUACCAUGACUUCUUCACUGAAACCACAAAAUCCUGCUUACAGCUCUGGAAACCUAACCCGAUUAGAGGUGUGACUAUUCUGAAGAUUACAUGCACAUUUUUUUUAUAUGUAUAUAUAAUGUGACCAGUUUAAACGUAGUUUGUAUUUUAUUGAGGGACCUUUUUUUCUUUUAAACUGUGAUUUUUUUUUUCCCUCUUGCUUGAUGAUAGGAGUGAGGUUGAAUUCGGGGAGACAAGUUCUUUGUCAGGGCAACAAGCAAGGGAGGGUAAGAGAGAGAGCUUGGUGCCCAGAUGCGUUCAGUUAUUCCGUGCCAUGGUGGUUCUCCUUGCCAAAUGGGGGUGUGGUGACUUGCUUCAGCACCUUGGUCUGCUAUUGGUUCAUUCUGUUUCUGUUUAAAUCAGCCAUCCUGCUUCCCUGAAAGCUCAAAGGCAGGUUGGCGCAGGGCAGCAGGCCCCUGUCGACGUUGCAGCUCACGGUGACUGUGUGGCGCUCCCCACGUGGUCAGCACGGAAGCAGCUUUCCCCCUCGGAGCUUCGACUUCCGUUCCAGCAUGUGGCUUUUCUGGCUCAGGGCUGAGGGCCCCUUAAAAACAAAAUGUGUUUUUGCGUGGGAUUUCCAUUCUGGUCGUGUGACUCUGGUCAGGACACAUCCCUCUCUGGGUCCUCGUUUUCUGAGAACUCUUCUAAUUCCAGUAUUCCGUGAUUCUGACUGAGCACGUUCACACCACCAGAGGCUACCUGUGGGUAUCGAGUCGUGUCCUGGGCACCCAAACAGCAAAAGCUUUCAGGCCGUUUCUAUGCGUGUCCUUGAGAUGAGUCAGUAUCUCACCAACAAGUCUCAAACAGUGGAGGUCAUUAGUAACAAAUCUAGUUUUCACAUUGAAGAAUGGACUUGGUUCCUGAAACCAGAGACAGAAGGGAUUGUCUCUGUCACCUUAUUGUGGGCAUAUGGCAGGCCUUGGUGGCUGGGGCCCAGCAGCCCUUGAAUAGGGCAGCCUUUGAGGAUCAGUGUGCCUGGCACAAUCCUUUGUGGAAGGAAGCGGUCGCUGAGGGGGUUCUGGGGUCCUGGGAGACUGAAGCUGGAUGCUCACUAGAGCUCUUAGCAAGAAGCCCAGAGGGUCAGCUUGGGUUUUAUCUUCUAUUUUUCCCACAUGCUUUCUGGUCAAGGAAGAGGAUUUCGUAGCCUGGUAGCCGGGAAAGCAAAGCCACUGCGUGUCUCUGUCUACAUACAGUGUUUUCCUUUCUCCCAUGUAUUGAGAUAUUUCACCGUACAGACAAGAUGCAAGAGACUAUUUUAACAUACCCCUGUGCAGAUCUUCACGAAUGGCAUGACUUGCUUCAGAUCCAUUUUUUUGUGUGUGAGAAAUAAAAUGUGACUGAAACUGUA